AUGACUAGAGUAUACCUUGGCCGCUUGAAUAGUUCAGUUCGUGAACGUGAUGUAGAAAAGUUCUUUCGAGAUUAUGGAAAAUUAAAGGAAGUAACUUUGAAAGGCACUUUUGGCUUUGUUGAAUUUGAUGACUCUAGAGAUGCAGAGGAUGCAGUUUAUGAUCUCAAUAACAAAGAAUUGUGCGGUGACCGAAUUAUUGUGGAAUUUGCGAGGAAUAGACGUGAAGCAAGAGGCCGCGGCGACGAUAGAUAUGGUCGAUCAAGAGGCGGCAGAUCAUCUGGUGGUGGUGGAGGAGGAGGACCAGCAGCAGGGUAUGGCUCUGCUCCUGUUCGGACAGAUUACCGCCUUUACAUCAACAAUUUGUCGAGCAGAGUUAGUUGGCAGGAUCUAAAAGAUUAUAUCAGAAACAAGACAGACAUCAGCGUUAGUUACGCUGAUGCACACAAGCAAUCCGUAGGCCAGGCUAUCGUAGAAUUUGAUAGCAAAGAUGAUUUAAGGUAUGCUAUCAAAAAACUCGACAACACAGAAAUCAAUGGCAAAAAAAUUACGGUGUCCAGAGAUGGCGGAGACUCAAGAUCUCCUAUUGCAAGUAGGUCGCCUAGAGGUCGACGAGGUUCGUAUUCUCGUUCUCCUAAACGUCGCCAUUCACGUUCACGUUCACGUUCACGCACACGCAGCAGGUCUUCGUCUCGUUCUCGUCCACGCUCAUCAGGCGAGGAGAGAAGUCGCAGAGAAACGUCUCGCGGGAGUGACAGAGAUGGUGGUGAUAAUAGCGGGCAGCAAGAAGAUUAAUUCUUGAUUGUAUCAAGCUUUAAAUAUUGAAAAGCUCUGUAGUUUUACGAUACAGUCUUAUUAGUUAUCAGUGCAGUCGGAAGAUUGAUUUCUAACGAAUGCUAUUUAUCUUUUUCCAUUAACUCUAGCAUGCUUUAUAUUGGUAUGUGAUCCUUUCUAAAUUGUAU